AUGAUAUGUGAUGGGGUACUAGCAGGAAGUGUUGAGGAGGCUUGGUUUGAUCCUGCUGAAUCUGAUUUCAGUGAUGAAGAUUUCCAAAGCGUUCCUGACGCGGAUGUACUAUCCCUGAAUGGUUUUGAAGGUUCAUCCACAUCCAGUGUUGCUCCAGUCAACAUCCAACGCCCCUCGUCCCCUGAGAAACUACAGAGACGAGGGAAUUCGUGCACAUGCGAUUCUGCACUCGAAUCAGAUGGACAUCUGAAUGAAGCAGAGCCUGUUUACCUUGAUGAAAUUUCCUCAUCUCCAGGUGAAAGUGCUGGUAGGGAGGAUGGUUUAUUAGAUAAUUGUGGAAUUAUUCCAAACAACUGUUUGCCCUGUCUUGCCAAUACUGUUCCAACAGUUGAGAAGAGAAGAUCUCUAAGCUCUAGUCCACCACCAAGUGCAAGGAAAAAAGCUGCCUCAAAACUUUCUUUUAAAUGGAGGGAAGGACAUCCAAAUGCUGCUUUACUUUCUUCAAAGAUGCUUCUGCAAAGACCAAUAGCUGGUUCUCAAGUACCUUUUUGCCCGGUCGAGAAGAAAAUGCUUGAUUCUUGGUCACACAUUGAGCCAAGUACUUUCAAAGUUCGGGCUGAGAAUUAUUUUAGGGAUAGAAAGAAGGAAUUUGCUCCUAAUCAUGCUGCCUAUUAUCCUUUUGGUGUCGAUGUAUUCUUAUCUCAGAGAAAAAUUGAUCACAUUGCUCGGUUUGUGGAACUCCCUGUUAUUACUUCAUCCAGGAACCUUCCACCCAUACUUGUUGUAAACGUUCAGAAUGAAACUGACGGGGAAGGAAUGAAUUUUGUUUUGUACUUCAAACUUUCAGAAAGUUACUCAAAGGAACUUCCAUCCCAUUUUCAAGAAAAUAUCAUGAGGUUAAUUGAUGACGAAGUAGAAAAGGUCAAAGGUUUUCCUGCGGAUUCACUCAUCCCCUUCCGGGAAAGGUUGAAAAUAUUGGGCCGUGUAGUAAAUGUGGAAGACCUCCCUUUAAGUGCACCUGAGAGGAAACUUAUGCAAGCUUACAAUGAAAAACCUGUUCUUUCGCGUCCUCAACACGAGUUCUAUAUGGGGGAAAACUAUUUUGAGAUUGAUUUGGAUAUGCAUAGAUUCAGCUAUAUCUCUAGGAAGGGUUUUGGAGCAUUCCAAGAUAGACUAAAGCUCUGUGUUUUGGAUUUUGGCGUCACAAUUCAGGGAAACAAAACUGAAGAAUUGCCAGAGCAGAUUUUAUGUUGUAUACGGUUAAAUGGAAUUGAUUACAUGAAUUACCAGCAGCUGAGGUCGAGUGAAGAGCUGCCCCUUUAACAUUUACAGAAACACUGUAAGCAUGAAGUUGAUAUGAAGAUCAAGGCAAAUUUCUUCUUGUUUUCUCCACCUAAUUUUUUUCAGCUUUUUGGGGGGCUAUUAUUAUUCACAAUAGCUUUUAUUUCCGACACAGAUCAGAGAACUUGUGCACAUUGCAGAUGUAGAUAGAUGCCUUGUGAACUUAUUCCCACAACACAAAGGACGAUAAACAAAGAUUUAACAACAUUAAGUGUGAGAAAACAUAUCUGAGCUGAUUAAUCAAAUGUUUGGUGAGCGUCUGUUUCAUUUAGAAUGCUUAUGUCAACAAAUCUCGUCCCAACAAUUUGGGGCUGUUUCAUCUAAUAUAUCUGCUGUGAAUAUUGCUAAUGAACCAAACAUUAGUUGCUUCCAUGAGAAUAGGCU